ACUCAACCAACGCCUUCAAGCGAUGCUCCAACUGCGUCUACUGGAGCUGUUCGACCGACUAGAGCAACCAACACAGGUGUUCGAUUGGAUCUUCGGGAGAUUGGGAAAAAGCUUUUCAACGGUGUAACGUAUAAUGUGAGCUACUUUUCCCUUUCUUAA